AUGGAACAACUCGAACAAAACCAAGCAUCUCUCCGUGAGGAAGUAAACCAACUAAAGGGUAUCGUAGAAGAAAUCAAAGGAGGGAUGACUCAGAUGUUAAGCUUCAUGAAAGACUUCAUGGAGAAGCAAGAGAAAGUUAAGGAGACUUCAAAUAAGGAAACCUGUGAGCAAUAUGAUGACUUGCCAGAUGAUGGCAACCCACUGUUAGGUUAUAUCCCGGGAUUUGGUCCCUCUAAAAAUGUACACUCCCAGCAAGGAACUCAUGCGCGUUCUUCUAAGAAAGUCAUCCAAUCCCAUGAGGAAGGAGAGACUUCUCAAGAAGGCUUCAUCCCCCCUCCACAGAAGGAAGGGACAUCCCGCACAGUGCGCAUUCCUUCUAACAAUCCUCCUAAGGAGGAUGACUAUCUGGAUCUACAAUACGGAUACCAGGAGGGAGAUAAUACAACCCGGAUACCUCAACCUAAGCAGUCGUCACAUAACGUUAUGGAAGAUUCAAAGGAUAAUAACCAAAUAAAGGCUUUAGAAGAAAGGUUGAAAGCUGUUGAAGGUUAUGAUACCUUCGAGGUUGGUGCUUUGGAAAUGUGUCUAGUACCUGAUGUUGUGAUCCCUCCCAAAUUCAAAGUGCCAGACUUUGAGAAAUAUAAGGGACUCACAUGCCCAAGGAAUCAUCUACGCAUGUACUGUAGAAAAAUGGCUGCUUACGCUCAUGAUCAAAAGCUGAUGAUUCAUACUUUUCAAGACAGUCUGAGUGGAGCGUCCUUAGAUUGGUAUAUGCAGCUAGAGCAGAACUACAUCCGAACAUGGGAUAAUCUUGCUCAUGCCUUCUUAAAACAGUAUAAAUACAACUUGGACAUGGCUCCUAACCGCAUGCAACUACAAAAUUUAUCUCAGAAGAAGGAAGAAUCCUUCAAAGAGUACGCACAAAGAUGGAGGGAAAUUGCGGCACGAGUACAACCGCCACUUCUCGAGAAGGAGUUGGUAGACAUGUUCAUGAGUACUCUACAAGGAAUAUACUAUGAGAAAAUGGUAGGAAGUGUCUCCUCAGGUUUCUCAGAUUUGGUUGUGAUUGGAGAACGAAUCGAAACAGGUCUAAAAAAUGGCAAGAUACAAGGGGCACCGCCAAGUACCUCUUUCAGCUCGAAGAAACCCGUCCCUAACUUCACAAAGAAGAGGGAAGGAGAAACUAAUGCUGUGGCAUCACAACCAAGAGCACCACAACCAUGGGUGAUUCCACAAAAUCAACAACAAAACAAAUUCCAAAGACCUCCGAGAAGAUUUGAUCCUCUCCCCAUGCCUCAUGGGCAGCUGCUACAACAUCUCAUUAGAGCAUCCCUGGUGGAAUUAAAACCACUUGCCCCUCCAAUUGGAGAACUCCCGCCCAAUUAUGAUGCAAAUGUAAGGUGUGAAUACCAUGCCAACUCUCCAGGACAUACUUUGGAGAAGUGUUGGGCUUUCAGACACAAAGUUCAAGAUCUAAUAGAAUCCCAAGAUAUCACUUUUGAGAAGCCUAAUAUCAAGACGAACCCCAUGCCUCCGCAUGGUGGCUCAAAUGUUAAUGCAAUCGAGGUGGCUACUGAUCAUGAAGGAACAAAACGAGUAAAGGCUCCAAUAGACCUACUAAAGGAGUAUUUAUUCGAACAAGGUUUCCUCUUGGAACAUAAUGAAGCUUUCGAGGACACGUUGCAAAAAUUAGUGGAUCAGAAGAUGGUCCAAUUCAAAUAUUAUACUAAAGAAGAGUACAUCGCUACUAUCAAUGUCAAUACCAGGAAACCAUUGGUGAUUCCUUGCCAAGGUCCUAUGUCUACAAAGAAACCACUUGUAAUUCCUUACACAGACUCAAACGCAGCUAAAGCACCAUUAACGAUACCAACACCAUCAAAAAGCACAUUGGUAAUCGAAGAACCAUAUCCCACUCCCUAUGAGAGUGACAAAACUGUACCAUGGAGUUACGACACCACUGUCUACAUCAACGGACAAAAACAAGAGCCUGCAAUAAUAAAUAUAGCAGGAACAGGGGGGAUAACCCGUAGUGGUCGUGUAUACGCUCCAGAUUUACAGGAAAAGGAUAAGAAUCCCACUAAAGACAAAGGAAAGGCAAUAGCUGAAGCCAAUCAAGAGCCUGAAUCUUCCAAUAAAGCCCUCCUUGACAAAGAAAAGGAAGAGUUCCUGAAAAUGAUCAAAAGGAGUGAUUAUAGAGUGGUGGAUCAACUCCACCAAACCCAAUCUAAAAUAUCCAUACUCCAGUUACUGUUAAGUUCUGAAGCACAUCGAGACUCCUUGAUGAAAAUACUAAAUGCUGCUCAUGUUGCGAAGGAGAUCACAGUGGAUCAGUUUGACGGAGUCGUGGCUAACCUAACAUCAGGGGCACGCCUAGGCUUUGAUGACAGUGAGCUACCUCCACAAGGUAGAGCUCAUAAUAAAGCUUUACACAUCUCAAUCAGGUGUGGGAGCACAAGUCUAUCCAGAGUACUCACUGAUACUGGUUCCUCUCUAAAUGUGCUACCAAAGACCAGUUUAAUGAAGUUGACACUAGAGGGCAUCAUCAUAAGACCAAGUUCUAUGGUGGUAAAAGCUUUUGAUGGUUCUCAAAGCACCGUAUUUGGAGAAGUGGAUCUUCCUAUAAAGAUCAGACCACACACUUUCUACAUCACCUUCCAAGUGAUGGACAUAGAACCAGCAUAUACUUGCCUAUUAGGGCGACCAUGGAUCCACUCAGCAGGAGCUGUCACGUCAACCUUGCAUCAAAAAUUGAAAUUCCUUACUGAGGGGAAACUAGUUGUGAUCGAAGGAGAGGAAGACAUCUUUGUCAGUCAUCUGGAAUCUUAUCGAUAUAUUGGUGUUGAAGAGGACUGUGUAGAAACACCAUUCCAAGUACUAGAGGCUGCUGCGGUAUCCACCCUCCCGGUGGAAAAGAUUAAAAGAUCAGGUACCCCUAUAACAUCAUGGAGGGACCUACAAACAAUGGUAGGAAAUCAAGCACCUGAAGGCUGGGGAAAACUUAUAGAUAUACCUGAGAAGAAAGAUCGUUUGGGUUUGGGCUAUAAGUUAUCAGAUACUACCAAGAAGAAUGAAGAGCGCUUUCCCCCUAUUCCAAGUAUUUUCAUCAGCAAGGGGAUAGAGCAUGGUGGAUCAGUGUCAGUUAUAUCGGACAAAGGCAACAUGAAAGGGGCAUCCAACCUCAUUCGUGAGUGCCUUCCAGAUGAAGAGCUCAAGAAUUGGACUAUUGUGGAGAUUCCAGAGAUAUUUUUCUUUCCAAAAUCCACACCUAUACUCAUUGAUAAUGAUACUGCUACGAUCCGAUACAACUUUGAUGCACCAAUUAACCAAGCUGAAGAGGAAGAUGAGGAAGACUAUGAACUCACUAAAGAGUUGACAAGGUUAAUCGAACAGGAAUCAAAAGACACGCUUCCACCCCACGAGGCAAUUGAAAUCAUCAAUCUUGGAAAUGAAGCAGAACCAAAAGAGAUUAAAAUAGGGGCAACCUUGGAAGAAAGUGUGAAACAAAGACUAAUCAAGCUUCUGCAUGAGCACAAAGAUAUAUUCGCAUGGUCUUAUCGAGAUAUGCCAGGGUUGGAUACUGACAUUGUUGUGCAUAAAUUACCUUUGAAAGAAGGAUGUUCUCCGGUUAGACAAAAGCUCCGAAGAACUCGUCCAGACAUGGCCGAUAAAAUUCGAGAAGAAGUUCUCAAGCAAUUCGACGCAGGUUUCUUAGCCGUAGUAGACUAUCCACCUUGGAUUGCUAAUAUCGUUCCAGUACCCAAGAAAGGUGGAAAAGUACGAAUGUGUGUAGAUUAUAGGGAUCUAAACAAAGCAAGUCCUAAAGAUGAUUUCCCGUUACCUCACAUAGACGUAUUAGUGGACAAUACAGCACAGGCUUCAGUUUUCUCAUUCAUGGAUGAGAUUGAGGUAUACGUGGACGAUAUGAUUGCCAAAUCCCAUACGGAGGAGGAUCAUAUAGUUCACUUACAAAAAUUAUUCGAGCGUCUACAAAAAUACAAAUUAAGGUUGAAUCCAAACAAGUGUACAUUUGGUGUCAGAUCAGGCAAACUGUUGGGUUUCAUUGUGAGUCAGCGUGGCAUCAAAGUGGAUCCUGACAAAGUAAAAGCCAUACAAGAAAUGCCAGCUCCGAAAACAGAGAAGGAGGUUCGUGGUUUCUUAGGACGGUUGAACUACAUCUCAAGGUUCAUAUUGCACCUAACUGCCACUUGCGAACCUAUAUUCAAAUUACUCAGAAAGAAUCAAGAAAUACAGUGGAAUGAAGACUGCCAAACAGCCUUCGAAACAAUAAAACAAUAUCUACAAGAGCCUCCGAUUCUGAUGCCACCCGUUCAUGGAAGACCACUCAUCAUGUACUUAACAGUGCUUGAAAGAUCUAUGGGGUGCGUAUUGGGGCAACAAGAUGAAACAUGGAGAAAAGAGCAUGCUAUUUACUACUUAAGCAAGAAAUUCACCGACUGUGAGUCUCGAUACUCAUAUCUUGAAAAAACUUGCUGUGCUCUGGCUUGGGCCACUAAACGGCUACGACAAUACAUGUUAACACACACUACGUGGUUAAUAGCAAGAAUGGAUCCUCUCAAGUAUGUGUUUGAGAAACCCGCCCUCACAGGGAGAAUCGCUCGAUGGCAAAUGUUAUUAUCCGAAUACGACAUUCAAUAUGUGACACAAAAAGCUAUCAAAGGUAGUGUAUUGGCUGAUCAUUUGGCCCAUCAACCAUUGACAGAGUAUCAAUCGAUGAAGUUUGAUUUUCCAGACGAAGACAUUAUGGUUAUAGAGGACUGCGAGGCACCAGAACCUAAUGAAGGACCUGAACUAGGGGAACGAUGGACACUCAUGUUCGAUGGCGCAUCAAAUGCCUUGGGACAUGGUGUUGGGGCUGUAUUGACAUCUCCAGAAAACUUCCACAGACCUUAUACUGCGAGGUUGUGUUUCGAUUGUACUAACAACGUUGCCGAGUACGAAGCUUGCAUCUUGGGUUUAGAAGCUGCUGUCGAUCUCAGAAUCAAAUUCUUAGAUGUAUAUGGAGAUUCAGCACUAGUUAUAUAUCAAGUCAAAGGCGAAUGGGACACCAAGCAUCCCAAAUUAAUUCCAUAUCGAGACCAUGUUUUGGAACUAGCUACGCAGUUUACAAGUAUCACCUUCUUUCACAUUCCUCGAGAAGAGAACAAAAUGGCAGACGCUUUGGCUACGUUAUCAUCUAUGUUCAAAACUACAUGGCCUAAUCAUGAGCCACAUAUUACAAUCAGACAUUUUGAAGAGCCUGCGCACUGUCUCGCAAUUGAAGAGGGGCCUGACAAUAAACCUUGGUUUUAUGACAUCAGAAGAUAUCUGGAGAAACAAGAAUACCCUGAAAAUGCAUCAAUCAUAGACAAGCGAACUUUGAGAAAGCUAGCAUCCAAGUUCUUCUUAAAUGGGGAUAUUUUAUACAAAAGAAAUUACGACUUGGUGCUACUCAGGUGCGUGGACAAACAAGAAGCCGAUGCACUCAUGAAAGAAAUACACGAAGGGACUUUUGGAACUCAUGCAAGUGGACAUACCAUGGCUAGAAAAAUAUUGAGGGCUGGUUACUAUUGGUUAACAAUGGAAACAGACUGUUACCAUUAUACGAAAACAUGUCACAAGUGCCAGAUCUACGCCGACAAAAUGCACGUACCACCUACUCCUUUGAAUGUUAUGAGUUCUCCAUGGCCAUUCUCGAUGUGGGGAAUAGAUAUGAUAGGAAUGAUCGAACCUAAGGCCUCAAAUGGGCAUCGAUUCAUUUUGGUUGCCAUUGACUACUUCACCAAGUGGGUCGAAGCUGCUUCCUAUGCGAAUGUGACGAGACAAGUGGUUACUCGAUUUAUCAAACAUAAUAUCAUAUGCCGGUAUGGGGUUCCUAGCAGAAUUAUCACAGACAAUGGAUCCAAUCUGAAUAACAAAAUGAUGAAGGAGCUAUGUGACGAAUUUAAGAUCGAACAUCAUAAUUCAUCACCAUACCGACCCAAGAUGAAUGGUGCCGUCGAAGCUGCAAAUAAAAAUAUCAAAAAGAUUGUUCAGAAAAUGGUGAAGACGUACAAAGAUUGGCAUGAGAUGCUUCCGUUCGCAUUACAUGGCUAUCGUACUACAAUGCGCACAUCAACUGGUGCAACUCCUUAUUCUCUUGUCUACGGUAUGGAGGCUGUGCUUCCUAUUGAGGUAGAAAUUCCAUCACUACGAGUCCUCACAGAAGUAGAGCUUGAAGAAGCAGAAUGGGUCCAGACACGACUUGAUCAACUCAAUCUUAUCGAAGAGAAGCGCUUGACAGCCUUGUGUCACGGCCAAUUAUAUCAGAAACGGAUGAAAAAAGCAUUCGAUAAGAAGGUCCGCCCUAGAACCUUCCAAGAAGGAGAUUUGGUUCUCAAGAAGAUUCUACUACCUCGACUAGAUUCACGUGGGAAAUGGACGCCUAACUAUGAAGGUCCAUAUGUUGUAAAAACGGCUCUCUCAGGAGGAGCUCUUAUCCUCACUACCAUGGAUGGAGAAGAACUGUCGCACCCACUGAACUCGGAUGCAGUUAAAAAAUACUAUGUAUAA